CGUGUCCCAGGUUUUACACCAAUUAACAUGGCGGACGAGAUGAGUGAUGAUAUGGUGGAAGGAGGGUGUGUCAUCAUUCAUGAAAUCUAUGAUUCUGAGGAUGCACGUGAACAGUUUGAGGCAGAUUUGGAGAGAGCUUUGGAAUCACAGUGUGGCAUGAUUGUUAUUGAACCAACAAUGAUUGGCGAAGAAACAGCACGGUGGAUCCAAGUUGGGAACUGUUUACACAAAACAGCUGUUAUUAGUGGACUUAGUUGUUUCAUUAGUCCAUGGGUGCUUCCCAGAAUUGUCAAAGAGCCUUCCUGUUAUGUAUUUGGUGGAGUGAGCAUUUUUUGUGCAGCAUUGUAUGGUGUAUCAUGGCAGUUUGAUCCUUGCUGCCAGUAUCAAGUUGAAUAUGACACUAGAAAGUUGGCAAAGCUACCACUUAGUAGUCUAACAUCUUCAUCUCCAAUCGUGCUGGUAAGAAAGGAUGACAAAUACCGUAAAAGACUUCACAAUGUGGUGGCAGGUUGUGCCUUGGUUUAUUGCAGCUGGAAGAUUUAUAACUGGUAUUGUGGUUAAUGUGCUGGGGCAUUUUGAUAGUAACAAUAUUAUUAUGGCUUAAAGUGUUUUCACAAAGUUCAUGAUGAGGUAUAUGAGAUGUUCAGGGUUGCACUCAGUUUUCAAGAGGUCAAAUAUUUACCAUGUGAUCUUGUGGGGCAGUGGGCGAUUGACAUUUAUUUAUUGUCAUGGUGUUUAAAUCAUAUAUAAAUUGUGACAUUGCCAUGCCAACUAAAACACAGCAUUCAAAGAGUGGAGAUCACACAGCAUACAUAUCACAAUGCUUUUUUUCAAGAAGGUCUCUAAGUAGAGGAAAAUGUCUACAUGGGAGUCAUGCCACUAAAUAAGACAGAAAUUUUUGGGUGUAUUACAGAGUGACUUCAAUUUAUUUGUGUUAAGCAUUGUUUUGGAAAUGUGAGAUUGGAAUAACAUUGUUACUUCUCAGUCCUUUCAACUCCCAAGAGUGACCAAGACAGAAUUUCUCCUUACAAUAUCACUAAAAUAUCAAACAGACAUGUUAUGAAAAAAUGAAAAAUAGCAAUUGGGGAAUUACAAGUUGAUCCAAAACCACAUUCUCAGAACUAAUAUGAUUUAUAAGACCUGCAUGGAAGACAGUAAGGAGAAUUUCCAAUGAGAUCUUGGGGGUGAAGGGUUGACUGUAUCUUGAUGCAUCAAGCCUACACAUUCUCUGUGCUUGGGUUGUUGAAAACAUAUUGGGUGCCUGGUAAAUUUAAAAAAAGCGUUAUGCAUGUACUUGGUAUGUAUCACAACACUAAGUUGAACUCCCAAGCUUUGCUUUCAACAUGCAGACUUUUAAAUUUUGAAUUUUAAUCAGAAAGUAUUUCAAAAACACUCAAAUCAAAUGAAAAAUCCAAUGAAAACAACAAGAAAGGUUCAAAGAUUCAUGAAAAUUGUGUGCAAUAAAAGGUGGGGGGGGGGGAUUUUUCAGUAACGGAUAUCAUCGUGCGCAAGUGCCAUUAAAAUCAUUCAGACCUUCAGUGAUAGAGGUUGUACAUUGGGCUAAAGGAUAUGUGAAGCUCAAUGAGCAAUUUAUUAAAAAAAAAAAAAAAAGAAAGAAAAGAUGUAAUGAGAUGGGUUACUCUCAAGAAUAUCUAUCUUUUAGUCCCCCUUGAAAUCUGUUUGCAUUGUGGCUUAUCUAUUUUUAUCAGUGUAAAUAAAGUUGAAUUUCCAUUUUAA